CUAACUAAUCUGAAGUUCGCUGAUGAGCUCCUGCUGAUGAGUGUCCAUGACGCGCCUCUGUGGAAGGAGAGUUAAGCCGUUAUCGGACUUUUUUAAGUGUUUUUCUUUCAUUUUCAGACCGCCGUUCAGCCAAACAGGACUUUUUCAUCCAUGAAACCGAGAGUGGUUCAGUUCACAGCGGGAUUCAGGUCUGUCGGGAUUUAAAAGACCUGUCCUGUUGUUGGGAAAAGUUCGGCGGAAAGGUGAGACUGGUUCUCUUUAGCUUUUCGCUGCUGUUUUUAAAUAACUUUUUCAAUGAAAAAGAGUAUUUAGUAGGUACAAGUAACUCUAUAACAGAAAAAAAACCUCUCCCCUGCUCUCAACUGCAGAGUCGGCAUGUCGGGGAUGAGUUGCGCUGCGUAAAAACCAGUCUGACCAGCUUUGCGGGAAGUUUCUACAGCUGCUCUGACUGCCUCACAGCUAAACCAAAGUUUCUCCGCGCAUCUGUAGUGACUGCCGCUUCCCAAAAAUGGCAGGUCUGAGCAAUGUCCACAUGAAAACCCUGGAGGACCUGACGCUGGACUCUGGAUACGGGGCGGGGGACUCCUGUAAGUCCCUCAGCCUGUCCUCCUCCAAGUCAAACUCUCAGGCCUUCAUGUCGACCCCUCACCGGGGGAACUGGUGGUAUUACUCUGGAUCUAUGAACAGCAGGAACAACAGCUGGGACACGGUUAACACGGUCCUCCCCGAAGACCCGGAGGACAUCUUCUCCAAGUGCCACCGCUUACCUGAGCUGGAAGAGUUCCCCUGGUCUGAGGAGGAGGUGGCCAGGAUUUUGCGUAAAGUGGCAGAGAGCGGUGGGGGUGCCAAGUGGGGGUCCGCGGCUGUCUUCUCCCAGGAUGCGGUUAGGCGUCUGUCCGCUCUCCUCCGCAGGGCUCUCAUCCGCAUCUCCAGAGAGGCGCAGCGCCUCAGCGUCAUGCACUGCAGAUGCACGCGAUUCGAGGUGCAAAGCGCCAUGAGGCUCGUUCUCAGCUGGGCCCUGGCGGACCACUGCGUCUCCGCCACCGUCAAAGCCAUCUCCAUGUACUGCAUGAGCGCAGGUGAGCUGCUGAGGAAGGGCAAGUCUGCCCGCUGUGGGCUCUCUUUCUCCGUGGGGCGAUUCUUCCGCUGGAUGGUGGACACCCGCAUCUCUGUGCGUAUCCACGAGUACGCAGCGAUCAGCCUGACUGCGUGCAUGGAGGCUCUGGUGGAGGAGAUAGGUUUCAGGGUGCUGAUGGCCGAAAGGGGUCAUUCGGGGUCGGAUGUGGGGCCUGGAUGCGCCCCAGUCAGCGCUGAGGCCCUGGAGGCGGUGGUGAACAAUGAUGCCGAGCUGUGGGGAGUCCUGCAACAUUAUGAGCACCUGAUCUGCGGGAAGAACGCCAAUGGUGUUUUGUCACUCCCACCCCAGUUCAGCCCCUACACAGAGAACCAGCAGACCACUGUGGACACCAGGGAGGAUGCUUAUGCCCAACUGGAGCUCAGGACGCUGGAGCAGUCCCUGCUGGCCACCUGUGUGGGCAGCAUCUCAGAGCUCAGUGACUUGGUAUCUCGUGCCAUGCACCACAUGCAGCGUCUCAGCUCAAUGCGCCCAGGACAGAGCCCUGCCCGUCACGCCCGUGCUCAGCAGCCCGUGUCCUGGUCGCCUGACGCCCUCCACACCCUUUACUACUUCCUGCGCUGUCCACAAAUGGAGUCCAUGGAGAAUCCCAACUUAGAUCCCCCACGCAUGGCUCUUAGCAAAGAGAGGCCAUUUAUGCUGUUGCCCCCUUUGAUGGAGUGGAUGAGAGUUGCCAUAGUUCAUGCCGAGCAUCGCAAGAGUCUGUUGGUGGACAGUGACGAUGUUCGACAGAGCGCUAGGCUUCUACUUCCAGGACUCGACUGUGAGCCAAGACAACUGAAGCCUGAGUGUUGCUUUAGCUCCUUUAAGCGUCUGGACUCCAAAGCGGCCAUAGAUAAGUUUAACCUGGAUUUGGGUUUCCGGAUGCUUAACUGCGGACGCACAGAUCUCAUUGGUCAAGCCAUUGAUCUACUCGGGCCAGAUGGAGUCAACAGCAUGGAUGACCAGGGUAUGACUCCACUGAUGUAUGCCUGUGCAGCUGGAGAUGAGGCCCUUGUUCAGAUGCUGAUUGAUGCUGGAGCCAACCUCGAUGUGGCGGUUCCACAUUGCUCUCCAAAGCAUCCUUCUGUGCAUCCUGACAGUCGACACUGGACAGCUCUCACCUUUGCAGUGUUGCAUGGACACAUUCCUGUAGUGCAGCUUCUGUUGGAUGCAGGAGCCAAUGUGGAGGGAGCAGCAGUCCGAAAUGGACAGGAGGCCACAGCAGACACUCCGCUGCAGCUGGCAUCUGCAGCAGGUAACUAUGAGAUGGUGACGUUGCUCCUGGCACGUGGAGGUGACCCCUUAUCAAAGAACCAUGAUGGAAAUGCUCUGACUUCAUCCCUUUAUGAAGACAUGAACUGUUUCAGUCAUGCUGCUGCACAUGGACACAGAAACGUGCUUAGGAAGCUACUGACUCAGCCCCAGCAAAUCAAAGAGGAUGUCCUGUCUCUGGAGGAGAUCCUAGCUGAGGGAGUGGAGGAAGAAGUUCCAGGGAUGUGUCCUUAUCUUUCAGCUCCUUCCAAUGGCACUCCAGCACUGCAGGAUGCUGCUAUACCCAAGCUGAGCAAAGCCAGGAUGAAGGCUCUGCAAGAAGCCAGCUACUACAGUGCUGAGCACGGCUAUCUUGAUGUCACCAUGGAGCUUCAUGCAAUGGGUGUACCUUGGAAACUUCACGUUUGGCUGGAAUCUCUUCGCUGCACUCAUCAGCAGUCCAGGACAGGCGCCACCCUCUCUCUUCUUAAAGAAUUUACCACAAUCCGAGAGGAGGACUACUGCGAUGAACUCGUCACCACUGGCCUACCACUUAUGUUCACUAUCCUCCGAACCACCAAGGUAUCACCUAGCAUGAAGCCCUUCAUGUUUAGCACUUAUUGGUCAUUGGAAAAGAGAAAAAAAAUGCUUCCCUCUACUACUUUCUUUCAGAAUGAUGCCAUUAUACAGCAGCUGGCAGCUAUUUUUAGCCAUUGUUUUGGCUCUGCACCACUUCCAGCCAUUCCUGAGAUGAAGGCAUCUCUUUCAGCUCAGUUGGAUCCACUCUUUUUGAACAACCCAGACAUGUCAGAUGUGACAUUUUUGGUGGAGGGGAAACCAUUUUACGGACACAAAGUUCUUCUGAUAACUGCCUCUGACAAAUUCAAAUCUCUGCUGGUGUCAGAUGGAAGACCAGGCAAAGAAAUUGAGAUCAGUGAUGUCAAAUACCACAUUUUCCAGAUGAUGAUGUCUUACCUCUACUGUGGAGGAACAGAGUCUCUGAAAACAAACGUGCAGGACUUACUAGAGCUUUUGUCAGCUGCUAAUCAGUUCCAGCUGGUGUUGCUACAAAGACACUGUGAGCUCCUCUGCUCUCAGCACAUAAACCUCGACAACGCAGUAAACAUCUACAAGACGGCUGAGAUAAACGGUUCAGUGGAGCUUAGGGCCUUUUGUGAGAGUUUCUUCCUGCAGCAGAUGCCAGCACUCCUGGAAAAGGAAGGCUUCAGGACCCUUUUACUGGGAACCCUCGGAGCUCGACAAGGGAAUAACUGCACUUCGCUGGCUCACAGCCGCAGUGACUCACCUCUGCCAGAGCUGGAGGCCAUUCUGGCUCAGCGUCUACGCUCGCUUUACAUAUCAUCUCAAGUCUGAAGAUAUGAACUGCUGUAAUGAAACAAGAUGCAGACAAGUAACAGAAGCAUGUGAAAGUUGCAGAGGAAGGUUUAUUGUAAAUACAGUCGGAUCUGUAGGGGCUACAUCCCAGGGCAGGUUAAACAGAACUCCUGACACGGAGGUACAGAUCAGUGGCUGAAUAUAUUUAUGUGUGCCAAGCAUCCAAUAAAGGUAGUUACUGUGAUGGGAACAGUACAUUUAUAGAAAGGUGGUUCUGUUUUUGCUUUUCUCCAAGACUCAGGAAGCCUAAAUGGAGAGGCCUCUUAAAUGACAGAACACUGCUGCCACCUAGUGGACAGCUUUAAAGGCCUGCAUAAAGGAUUGCCUGAAGAAUGGGAUUUGCAGCGCCCCCUAGAGCUUAACUAAAGCUAUACAGUGAUCCUAGACUGAAAAUGCAGUGGGAGGAGGACUCAGUCCAUUCUUAUUCAAGAAUUCCUCUUUUAUAUUGACUGUUUUUAAAUAAAGUAUGAGCAGAGACAUUUUCUGCUAAGUGGGAUGGACAUUGUCUAUUUAAUGAGAAAAAAAAAGAUGUGAAAGUAUUUAAUGGGGUGUACCCUUUUUUAUGUCAUUUUUAUUUCAAGCUAAUAUUUUAAAAAAUGCUACAGCUGUUUAUGCAGGCAUAUUAAUAUGCUAAUAUCUUUAUGUUUAACAUAUCUACAGCCAAAACAGAAGGAUUUGAAACACAUGACUGUUUAGAUGCUGAUUUGCGUAAAUAAACCACGAUUUUGACUGGAACCAUG